ACCUAGAGGUGUAGACGUACUAGCUCAUCUCACUUCACGCGGAAAUGCGGCGCCUGGAAUGAUUUAAGCACCGAUCUGGCCUGAUACGCGCUCUCCAGUAUCACAGCGACGAGAAGAGCCUGGCUGGUUUGCGUGCAGAUGACCACUGGGGCACCAAAUUAGGCUGCCCAUUUUUGGCAUGCAUGCCACCGCAAAGGCGUCGCGAGGCCUCGUGGUACUACUCUCUAUCAUCAUCUAUACCGCUGGCCAACAAGUCAUUGAUGGCACCUCACUCGAACCGCGCGACAGGCCACUCCGCACGUACACGCUGCCGCGGUCCGGCCCGGCCACAGUAGCUCAAAUGGUCGGAGCCGAGCAUACCGGUGCGACGCAGUGGGACGCUGGCCACGCUUUAGCUGACUAUAUCGAAAGGACGGCUAUCGGUGCGGCCAACUGCUCGAUCGACGGCUGCUAUGCCUCGUCGCGGUACGCCAAUCGGACGGCUCUGGAGCUCGGAGCGGGCGCCGGCGGACUGGUAAGUAUCGCACUGAUACGAGCCGGUGCUAACGUGCUGGCCACGGACGGUGAUGAGGGCGUGCUCGAGUUCUUGAAUUUGAAUAUCAAAGGGAAUACACGCGGCGCACCCGGGCAGCUCUUAGGUGCCGAGCGACUCUGCUGGGGCGACUCAGACGCCAUCGACGCGGUACGAGAGCGGCUGGCGCACGAUCUCGUAGUCAUGAGCGACGUCGUCUUCCACACCAUCGAUACCGCGGCGCUUGUGGAGGCAUUGGCGAAACUGGCAGCGGCCGAGCCCCCGCCGGAGAUUAUCGUGGCGCAUACCUGGCGCUUCGUGAGAGAAGACGAGGACUUCCUCGAGGCCGUCGACGCUGUCUUCGAUCGACAUACCGUACCCGCGGAGGACCUGCACCCGCGCUUUCGCGAGGGACGUGGGGGGGAUACGUCGAUCAUGCGGCUCGUGCCGCGACGGAGGCCGCCUUGAUGCGUUGUGAAUAAAAUUGGAUAAGGAGCCU